CCGCCGGCAUCGUUUCCCUUUAGUGGGCACGGAGGAGCAGCAGCUAUGCAGCCGGUUUUCAAUCCUUUCUGCUUCGUUGUGCAGGUCAGUAAAUAUCCCUCUUUACAUGCUAAACGCUCACAUGAUGUUUGCCUGCUGCUCCUCCCAAGCCCAAUAGUUCUUUUGGAUAUUGUUAGUGAAUGUGCGCAUGUUGUCAUGUUGUUGUUGUUGGCUGGCGACGUUGAAACGAAUCCAGGGCCUGCCAAUGAUAGUGACGUUCUGGCUGCGAUUGCCACAUUGUCAGCAAAAGUCGAUGCAGGUCAUGCUGAGAUGAUGCAAACGCUAACCGAAGUAAGACGGAAUCAAGAACAACUGGAACAAAAGGUGUCUGACAUAACAACCAGACUUUCCGCGGUCGAAUCCGUUGUUGAAUCGUUUGAUUCAUCUCGGCAUGACGAGAACCUACCUGGUAUUGUGAGCAGUGUUAUGAAUGAAACUGUAAUACUAAAUUCACGACUCGAUGAACUUGAGGAUAGAUCGCGACGUGACAAUUUGAUCUUUUACGGGCUUGUCGAUAGUCCUGCGGAAACCUGGGCGCAGUCCGAGUGCCAUGUUCGUGAGUCGCUCACCCGUAUUUUAAAUCUUACGUUUCCUGAUGACAGCAUUUCACGCGCACACCGUCUGGGUACGCACGUCUUGGGCAAAACACGGCCAAUAAUAGUAAAAUUUGGUUCCUCAAAACUGAAGGACAACAUCCUUUCUCAGCGUUCAAAAUUUCGCGGUACAGGCAUAUCUGUGGCUGAGGACUUUUGCCGAGCUACACGUCAAUGUCGAAAGAAACUUAUUGAAUUCGGCAAGAAUAGCGGCCAACAGUACACACUUCGUCUUAACAAACUGCAUAUAAAUAGGAAAACCUACGUGUAUUGUCCCACUACUGACCAGGUUUGCGAACUUCAUUCAGGCGUGGCUCCUGUCACUAACAAUAACAACCGUUCUUCCACAGGUACUAGCAGUGCACAUGCAGCAACGUCAUAGCUUAUUACUAACCCGAAUCGUAAACAGGUCUCUGUCUUCUAUUCUAACGUGCGCAGCGUAGGUAACAAACGCGAAUCUUUGUCCUCUCUAAUAGACACGUGUUCAGCCGACAUAGUCAUUCUUACAGAAACGUGGCUCUCAAAUCAGAUAGCUAAUCACGAAAUUUUUGAAUGUGAAAGUAACUAUAAGUUCUUUCGUCGAGACCGCGAGCAGCGGACAGGCGGCGGAGUGCUUAUAGCCGUCCGUGAUACC